AUCAGUUUUUAGCCUAUUAAUUUUCAUUUCUGUUGUCAGUCUACUUUAGUUGUCCCCGCCUUCUUCAGAAUCCAUGGCUGCAUCUAUACCACACUUCUCUCUGCUUCGGAACUAUGCAGCAACAACUGCAAGAGCUUUUGUGACUGUGAAAGUGAAACCUUCCUACACCAUUUCCUCCACUACCCUCCUUCAUCUUCCCUCUCGCUCUCGCAGAUUGCAGUUCUAUGCCAGUGCUUCAAACAAUGAAGAGGCUGCUGCUAGAGCAGCAGCAGCCAAUGCUGACAGUGGAGCUCCAACCAUAUUUGACAAGAUCAUAGCUAAGGAAAUCCCUUCAAGCAUUGUUUAUGAGGAUGAAAAGGUCCUAGCAUUUCGUGACAUUGAUCCGCAGGCUCCUGUUCAUGUUUUAGUCAUUCCAAAGUUUAGGGAUGGAUUGACACAGCUCGGGAAGGCUGAAGCAAGGCAUGGAGAGAUACUGGGUCAGCUUCUCUAUGCUGCCAAAAUUGUAGCUGAGAAAGAAGGUAUUCUUGAUGGUUUUCGUGUUGUCAUAAACAAUGGCUCGGAUGCCUGUCAAUCUGUUUAUCAUCUCCACUUGCAUGUCCUGGGUGGGAGACAGAUGAAAUGGCCACCUGGUUGAAGAUCGGAAAAUGUCCUUUAGAAAUUCAAACCCCCGGCCCCUUUCCGUUUUUCAAUCGUAUCAUAUUUAAGACUCUUCUUUGGGUGAUAUUUUUGGAGUGUGAUAUGCCUAUAUCUUAUGUUCCCCAUAACAUUGUAAGAUUGGACCUGAAAACUAGAAGAGCUAAUAAAUAGAGGCUUUCCAUUGGGGACUUAAAGAGUUAGGAAUUGUUUAUUUAUAUAUCCCUGGAUAGAAUUAAAAUGGGAGAAAUAGUUUUGAGUAGCCAAUUACAAGUUGAUGGGACAUGAGGCUUUAUUUGUUUUGAUAAAUAUUUAAGCAUUUUUAAAUUUAUUGUCAUCUAGUUAUCUAUAAA